GUUUAGCAAUAAUUUCAUGUAUUCUAUUAUGUUUUAUUUCUAUAUUUAUGUUUUGAUGGUUCUAGAUUAUUAUAUUCUUUUGGGAUAGUAAUUUGUUGCGAUGUAUAAAGCAGUUUAGGGAAGGGGGUUCAAAUGUCAUACAUCGCUUUAAUCACUUAAUGUAUGCCUUCUCUCAAAUUUACUGGUCGAACGCCCAUAGAGUAAACAAUCAAAUUAAAUCACUUCAGAAGAGUAUUAUCAUAUUAAUGAAUACCUUCAACUUGACCUUGCUGACACUUAAAAGCUAGAACUCGAAUGAAUGAGCCCACUUUAUGUACAAUACUUUGAUGAGUGCUAUCUUAAUAUUAAUUAUAGGACAUGACCAUGUGCUAUUUACUUAUGCCUUCUCACCUCCCUGCUGCCAAACAUCACUUUCACUUCCUUUUAUAGUGAUUAACUGAUUUACAAUGACAUCAUUCCGGAACUUUAAUAGUGAUCCUAGUGUGAGGUUAAUUGAUUUAAGAGGGAAAAUUCAUAUGCCUUGCGCCGUCUUACUGAUGUUAAAUGGGUGCCUUUAAUUCGUCCUUUACGUUUGAAGCUUUUUAAAGCUAGAUCCUUACCCACCCAUUCCACAUCACCUACACUAUGCAAUGCUCAAUAAUUUUGCUGAAAAUGGGUACAUGGUUUCAACUGUAUUGUUAUCUGAACAAAUGGAGGUACAUGAUGUUUUCAUAUGACAUGAACAAAUGGAUCUGGCAUAAGGGAUGUUUUGCGAUGAAAUGGUGGUGUUUACAAAUGUUAGUGCUAGUAUUGUUGUUGAGCUUAUGAAUUAACUUUUGUUAUUAUCCUUUCCCGCUGUGCCAAAGUUCAUGCAGGAGGAGCCGUGUCUAGGCAAGCAAUUGCUUUUCGUCACAAUUACAAAAAAUGAGAUUUAAUUGACAGUGAUCAUGGGUAUUACACUGAUCUCAAGCUUCAGAAGCUAGGUUUUGUGGGUGCAGUAAAAGAUUUGUACCAGAUAAAUAUCAAGGAGCUAUCACCUAUUGCUAUUGUUUACUAAUUAGCUUUGAAUAGUAAGAGGAGUUGGCUUUGGAUAUACUGAGACGAUGAAGUUGAAGAAUGUUGGUCGAAUGAAGUGACAUGUUUUGCCAACUUGCUGUUGUACGCAUUGAUUUCCUGGUUUUUAGAUUUGUGAUUGAACUAAUUAGGUUUAUGUCCCUAGAACUUGGUAUUGUGAUAUUGUUUCCACUCCCUAGCAUGGAGCACAAUGGUUGUGUGUUAAAUCUUCUAGGCAGAUGAGUAAUUUAAGACUUUGGUAGAGGGCAGAGGCUGACAUUUCUAGAAAAUUCCCUUUUGAGCCUGAUGACUUAGUUUUUGCCCAUUUAAGGACGUUCUGGGCCAGGUAAGAUUUACAAAGAUUUCAAUGAGCUGUCUAAUUAAAUAGGAAAAAGAUUAUUCAAUUUGCAGCCCUGGCCCCCUGGCCCCAGCUUUGUGGAGAGCAUAUGCUUUAUGAAACUUGUUAAUGCCUAUGUAGAGAAAUGAGACCUGUUGUUGUUCAUGAAAAGCUACAAUUGACGUAGAAUAUACAAUUUUUGAGCAUAAUAAUGUUGAUCCUCCAUAAAUUUUUGCAUAAUAUUAAUAUGAUACUUUGGAAGGCCAGUGAUAGAUUUAACAUCAAUUCCCAACUUGAGCAUCUUCAAGCAAAAUAUGUUGGGACUGGACAUGCAGAUCUGAACAGAUUUGAAUGGGCUGUAAACAUUCAACGUGAUAGCUAUGCUUCCUACAUUGGGCAUUACCCCAUGCUUGCCUACUUUGCUAUUGCAGAAAAUGAAUCCAUUGGAAGAGAGCGCUACAACUUCAUGCAGAAAAUGUUGUUGCCUUGUGGCCUUCCUCCUGAAAGAGAAGACGAUUAAGAGUCUCGACUCCAGAGUUGAUGGAAUAGAUGUAAUUGAGGCUCUCAUCUUACGUCCUAUGUCAUGUUUAUCGAAAAGGUGAAAGUUAUGCAUUACACCUUAGCAACUUGGGAUUUUACAUGUUGGAAGUUUAUUUCGUUUGUUAGGAUUGUGGACAAGGGUUUAUUCUCGAGAAGUGAAAUGAAUGAAAGUUGUGGAACAGGGUUAGACACGAGUAAGGUGUUUGUUAACUGUUGUAUGAUUGUAUCAAUGCACUAUAUAUCUGAAAUUUGCUGUUUU